GUCCAGGCAAGAAGGGGAAAGCAAAAAAAAAAGAGCUGGUCGUCAAAGACGAAUACGAGCGAUUCUCAUCUUUGUUCCGUCCUUGAGUCACACGGAGAUGCUUUCCUGUGCUUGAAGCGAUGACGACCGCGUCCGUACAGAGUCACGACGACGAGGGCGUCCUGAUGCCUUCUCUGCGCGUCGGCGCGGCUUCUGGCCUUGCCGGCCUUCUGUUUGGAGGCGUAGUCGGCACCGUCCGCUCGGCGCAUCCGGUCUUGUGGGCUUCCGUCACGUCGAUCCAGUGGUCUCUGCUGGGCGGCACGUACUGGCUGUUCCGAUCGUCGCUGCUGCAGACCCGCGUCGACGACGCUGCGGACCUCCGGACGCGCUCCUACAUCAGCGCCAUCUCCGGAGGCCUCUCUGCCGCCGUCGUCGGCGGCGUGACGCGGGGCCGCGCGAACAUCUUGCCCGGCACCGUCGUCGGCUCGCUGGCCGGCUACGCGGGACAGCAAGCGUACAGCGCCCUGGACCAGCGCCACACCGAAUCCAUCAUCUCGUCUUCGAGCGCUGGAGGCAGCGACGAGGCGAAGAGGGAGCCGCUCUGGAGACGGAUCACCGAGUCCAGGUUCAGUCCCGUGAAGCGUCUCUCGGACCAGGAGUACAAGAAAGUGCUCGAAGAUAAGCUGCUGCGCGUGGAGGCCGAGAUUGCGGUCCUGGACGACGACAUUGCCGCACUGAGGAGAGCGGACGAGAGCGCCAAAGAAGGCCCGAAGUGAGACCCUCAACAGUUCUUGCGAGAAGGCCCGGAGUCGCGAUGAAGCAGCACGCAACUGUUGAUCGCGUCCAGGAAUCACCCAGGUUAAUUGCGUGACGUAUCCAAAGCGUUGAACAGGCGUGUGCAUUGUCCCAUGUGUGCUUUGCCAUUCAACUCCAUCGGCUCCGGCUGAAGCGUCUUACAAUUCAAGUGUAUCGUCAGGGCUGAGAAACCGUCAAGGUUGACGAAGAGCGGAAUCGCGCAUCAAAUCGUACCAAGAUGAGAACUGUAUACUGUAUGAAUAGAAAAAGGACGGAGAGGAAAGAAAAAAAAUAAAAAAAAAAAAAAUGGCGCUCUGCGAAACGUCAAGAAACUCCCUCUGCUAUUACGACACUUCUGCAAUCGAAAGACUUAUCAAAUUCUCUAUUCCUAUCCUGCUAAUCCGGUCCCCCUCGCUGCGCUGUGACUC